UUUUAAUAUCAGAACCCCUAAUGGGAAAGUUCAUUUUUCAUAUUAUUCCGCAGCCGUAUUGCACCUAAAUAAACUCACUUCCGUGUGGAAAAGUAAGACCGUGACAUCAAAUGUGUCUCAAUUUAUAGGUAGUUUUUCGCACCGUUGACGACUAUCCCCGGCAGUGAAACACUUCAACUACCCCACCUGCGCAAUGUUCAGGUUGUACCUGGGUCGACUGGACCGGGAGGUGACGGAAGAAAGGCUCGGCAACUUGUUCAGCGAGCACGGUCUCAGCUGCUCAAAUAUUCUUGUGAAAAGAGGGUACGCUUUCGUGGACUGUCCUGACCAAGAGACGUUAGAGUUAGCGGUGAAAGAGCUAAACGGAACUGAACUGAUGGGUAGUGUAAUGCAGGUAGAGCCAUCAAACUCAAAAAGAAGACGCAGUAACAAAAUCUCUAUCAAGAAUGUACCAACUCUGGUGACCAAAGACGAUCUUGAGAGGUUGGUGUCGGCAUUUGGAGCAAUUGAGAGAUGUGACUUUGUGCCUGGCGAAAUGGAAAACUGUGUAAACGUCACAUAUGAGUCUCCAGAGCAAGCACAACAAGCUGUGGAGGAGUUGAAUGAUUAUCAGUAUCAGGGUGCUUCACUGAAGGUCGAGUUUGUGCAAAAUGGCCGCAUGCAAAAUGGCCGUCAACGUCGUCCAGGCAAUGGCAACAACCGGGCCAAUGACUAUCCUCUGCGAAUAAAUGUACCUAGUGACAUGGUGGGAGCCAUCAUUGGGCGUGGGGGACAGACCAUUGGUAAAAUCACAAAGCAAUCAAGAGCAAGGGUGGAUGUACACCGAAAGGAAAACACAGGCUCUAAGGAAAAGGGUAUUUCCAUAUAUGGUAAUCCUGAGAAUUGUUCAAAUGCUUGCAAAGAGAUCAUUAAAGUGAUCCAAGAAGAAAUUGUCAAACAGCAGAAUCUUAUAGAACCUCCAAAGGAAGUUGAACUGAAGAUGCUUGGGGAAGACCCCUACUGUGGCAGACUUAUCGGCAAAGAUGGCAAACACAUCAAUGCUGUGCGAAAAGAGACUGAUACAAAAGUGGCCGUCUCUAACUACCAGGAUCUGACCAGCUCUUUCCCAGACAGACAGAUUAUUAUUAGAGGAGAAUUAGACAAUGUUAUUCAGGCAGAGGCUAAAAUCAGUGAAAAACUCAGGGACUGCUUCAGCAAUGAUUUACAGGCUCAAGGGUUCUUUGCCAUGCAGCCACGUGGUAUGUUCCAGCCUGCUCCAGGGGUCUCUCCCCUUGCAAUGAUGGGUGGCAGUGUAUAUGGUAUGCGAGGAGGCCAGUAUGGACUUAUGGGACGGGGUUUCUACCCACAGAUGGCACAACAACAACAUCGUCAACAACAACAACAACAACUGCCCCAGGGGCAAGAUCAAGUCCCACAUGGGCAGGUCACUCCCCCAGUGCAGCCACGCCCUGAGCCUGACACCAGGGUGGAGGUGAUCAUACCAGGGACUAGUGCAGGGGCACUUAUUGGCACGGGUGGAUCCAACAUUAAGCAAAUUAUCAGGGAUUCCAAUGCCCAUGUCACGAUUGACCCUAAAAAGGAUGAUGAUCCUACUGGGGACAGGACAGUCACCAUUAGAGGAACCCCUGAGGCACAGUGGAGGGCUAGCUAUUUCGUUCAUGAUAAGCUUCGAACUGAAGGAUUUGCUGGAAUGGAAGAUGUCCGCCUAAAAACAAAAAUCCUGGUGCCCAAAGACAAAGUUGGUUACGUGAUUGGCAAGCGCGGACGUAAUGUACGUGAUGUCCAACGCAUGACUGGUGCCAUGGUACGUCUGCCUGAGAUUGAGACUCCAGAUGGUGAGGGUGGUGAGAGCACACCCCCUGUAGACGAUGGCAGCAAUGAUGCGGUUGUAGAGCUUUUCGGAAACUUCCAGGCAACUCAGCAUGCCAUUGGACGUGUACGUGCUCUAGCAAUGCGGCAGCCUGGAGGACCUGGAAUGGGUCCUGGCCCAAUGAUGGGGAAUCCUCGCCGUCCUGGUGUCCCCCCUCAAGCACGUAAUGGAGGGGGCAUCAAGUCAUCUCAAUAGUUGAGCCAACAUACAACCCAAGUACCUCUACACCAUACCAAAGAUGGUACUCAUUCAAGUCAAUUACAGUGUAUACUUUAGAAUGUAUCUUAGUUUCCUCAAGUUUUAGCUUCCCACAUUUACUCGGCAUAUUGACGAGGAUUUGCUCGACGUUUUGACGAGGAGUAGUGAACAAAGGCAUCAAAUUGUUGGCCUCCAGAUAUAAGCGCCAGACUGGACUAAGCGAUCAACCAAGGAGUUUCCAGUCGAGAUAAAAGACAAUGUCAGAGAAAAUGUUGUCACACUGAUGUUGGAUAUUCAAUGAUAUUAAAAUUGGGGAAAUAAUCCACAUGAUUAGACUGGAUGAUUUCCCCCACUUCUGGUGACAUCUAUUUUCUGUGAUAUUGUCUGUCUGGAGGAUUUGUAUUAAAACUUUUAUAUUUAUAUAUAUAAAAGAUGUAAAAACGUAAAAAAGAGAGGAAUUAUUGAGUUGAAUCAAUUUUUUAGAGACAGGCCGGUGUUGACAUUGCAUUAUACUAUGGCCGGAGUUUUUGUAAUAUCAAAGUAUAAAGUUUAUUUUUGAUACUUGUUGAAAGAAACUUUUUUGUUAGUAUUUUUAUGAGAUGUGAAUGAGCGGCGUUUUUUUGACGUUCGUUUGUUAGUAUACCAAAACUAUCUGAACAAUGUAUACAGUAUACAAUUGGCAGUGUACUAGUAGGAGCUGACUGCCACUUCUACCGGGUAUAUACGACAUACGAAAUAGCCGCCUCUGGUGUACGCUUGACGAUAACCUAGCACUUAACUGCCACCUAUCUGUCAAAUGUAGCAGUGGUUCUAACUAGAACUGGGCUGGACACAUCAAUGUGUAAAACAAGGUUUCCUUUCCACAAGUAUUCUAUGUAUUGUAACGAUGAUGCUUUCUUUUAGAGUAGCCGUGAUGCGGCGAUUGAUUGACCAAUUGGGUCGGAGAUAAGGUCCAUGUGACCAUAUAUGGAAAUGCCAGUAGGUGACCAAGCUGGGGCCUACUUGCAUACAUUUUGAUGCCUUUUUGCACAGAUACAUGUAUAUCUAAUCUAAGUAUACUAUUGUAUCUAAUGGCUACAACUGAAUAAUAUGGGGAGUUCGCAAACCUCACUGUUAGAUAGUUCUAUUAUAGUAGACAUAACCCCCAAAACAUAGAGCAAAUGUUCAUUGUCACUAUUUGUAGUUCGCGUUUACCAAUGGUAUUUUUUGGUUCUAUUAAUUUAGUGAUUUGUGUAUUAUUAAAGACUUAAUAUAAUGAUUCAUCCAUAACUCUUACAACUGAGAAGUCUGAAGACAUAGUGAGUUUGGUUCCACACAGCUUUAAACGAAAGGACUGUGCAGACCUCGAUGUAGACACUUCACAGAGAGUUGUGUGUUAAGUUCAGUGUUUAAAAUUGUUCAAAUACAGGUCAGUUUUUCAAAAUAUUCAAGCACACAAUGAUAUUUUAAGGUGUUGUACAAGGUUUCUUUGAAUGAUCUUGACAUUUCUUGGGCUUCUAUAAUUUGAGAUACUGCCCUUGUGCUAUUCUGAAAGUUACAGUACAAGUUAAAACUAACAGACCUAAUGCGUAAAAUCAAUGUUUGCACUCAGGCACUACAUGAUGGCUCCUUUCAGUCAAAUGGACUUUGUGUUGAUGUAACAAAAAGGGGACACCAUUGUGAAGUUGAGUGUUGCCUGUUAAUUUUGAGUUGUACUGUAGUCUGUGUUAGAUGUUCUGCAUGCUCAGCGACUCCCCCUCCAAUAAUGUAUAUAGACUAGGUGUUAGGAUGGCGGUUCUCUGAGAGAAAGUGCGUCAAAUGAGCCAAGAACUGAAAACAAAAAAACAUGUAACACAAAUAAAGCUAUAGGUUCACGUUUUUAUGUAAAUAUUGUUUGGAGACAUGUACAUAAAGCGUUGAAUCUAAGCUCCCAUUAAGAUUCUGUACGAUCAGUUUGUUAACAGAAAUUAACAUGAAUGUAAUGCUAAAACAAGGUUAAUCCAUAAAUUGUUUUUCUCCCAACUUUGCUGUUCAUCACAUAUCUUUUCUUGAAAUUAUAGACAGGCAAUUGUGAUACGUGUCACAGCUUAUUGUAUGAUAUAUAAAUACUACCAAGUGUGUUCAUGGAUUAUGUAUCACAAUUGUCUCUCUGCAGACCCUAAUAAUGAAGAUUAUGAUAAUCUGAAGAGCUGAAUUGCUGAAGGUUUUCAGUUCAUAUAUUUUAAGAAAACAUCUAUCUUCUCUCACAAAUACGGAAUAGAUCGAUUUGCAAAAUUUCGUGAAUCCACAAGGUCUUGAUAAAAUUAGAUAUACUAUCCCUUCUAAUUUGGAAUAUAAAAUACCUGUGUACAGUAUACUUGUGUUAUCAAGACUCUGUGAAACCAUUCCCCAUGGGAUGAUAAGCCAUUGUUUUACCCUAUUUGCCAUAUACACAAACUAUACCAAGGUUAAAUAAAGGCUUAUAAUCCUAAAGGGUCAGUUCUUCAGACUCUUCAGAAUUCCUACCUACCUCCUGAUGAUCACUAUACAUAUUUGUACCUCAUUGGGCCUCUUUGCAAUAGUAGAAACUAAAAUGCUUGUGGUUUCUUUUAGUUGGAGAGUAAUUUGUGUUUAUUUUGUUAGAGGAAUUUUAAGGCAGUUCAUGAACUGUUUUUUUUUUAUAUAAGAUGUAAUUUUGUUGUGCAUAAAUGCUGCACUUUUGUUGUUAAUCUUGUGAUCAUAACAAUGAAAUGUUAGUGAUAGAUCACUGUGUUGAUUAAAAUGAUAUUUUAAUGAAUGAAUUUUCAAUGUAAGACAUGCUAUGUGAUAGUAUGUGAUUCAGUUGAAUUUGUGUAGAUAGAAACUGGGGAUGCCCUGACAUGAUUCUACUACCUCACAGGGAGGGGGUGUGGUAUUCUAGCUAUUCUAUUUAGUCAACAUCCUCCCUCCCCACUGUAAAUGUAGUGUUGAGGGUAUCCAUGAUAAACUGAUCAGGUCUUGGCUCAUUUCAAAGUAAAAGACACAAGUGUGCUGUACAUGUUUUCAACUAAUGUUCCCUACUCUUAGGCAUUAUAGCUAAACAACUGAAUAAUAAAUGCAUAGCUAAUUGAUUAAAACAUUAAAAUGUAGACAAUUUGUUUUCUUUUCCCAACUGGAAAAUGCCACCCGUGCAUGGGUAUUAACUCGACCGAAUUGUGCUCAGAAAUAUAUCAGGUGGGUUUCUAGCCAUGCAUAGGUCUUGAAUUACAUAAGAUGUAACACAUUGUAAAGCAGCUUCAUGUUAUGUGAUCCCUUUAACGACAUCCCUUUAACAUUAUAUCUGUUGAAGGUUACAUAAUCUUUUAAUGAGUAGAAUAACUAAAAACUAGAUUUUGUAGAUAUAUUCGAAAAAUGAUCACAAAAUAUGAGUUGCAAGUUCUUGAAAAAAGUUCAUUCUUUCACUUAACUGUUUAAGAAAAUGGAUAAUAUUCUGAAUAUUAAUCGGUUGAGUGAUUGCCUGAUGUUUGUAAAAAGUAGUGCAUUUUCCAGAUUUGACUGUUGGUGUAUUGCUGCAUGUCUGUAUUACUGUAUUACUUAGAUUGGUAGCAAAAUGGAGCACUCUCCAUCCGACCCACCGGAGGCACAACAAGCGUACAUGAUACUGUACUGGGUGAAUGUUACAUUCAACCCACUCACUCCUUUUCUACCGUCAAUAAAUUAUUCUAGUUAAGAAAA